AUGCAAAAGAUUGUGAAGCCGUUGAUGGAAUUGCAAAUAUGGAACACCGUCACCGAUUUGGCAUUCGGCUUUCUCGUGACGCCCAUUGCUUUUGUUCCGUGUAACUCAGGCGCCGUAUUAGGAUUGUUGCGAUUGUUUCAAGUUCCUUUAUGGCUUCAGAUUUUUAGUGGGCAGAUUCCUCUUACAAACACCGCUGUUGCUAUCAUACUAUUGUUUGAGAAUCGAUAUUCCGCGAUCGUUCAGACGAAAUACAAAAUGACGCGUCCCACCACGAGAUUACUGUACCAAGCCCUUUGUUACAUGUACUCGUGCUUUGUGUUAUUACCGCUGAUCUUCUUUGAUCUUGAUCAGGAAAAGGCAAAACUCGAAUGCCUCCGAGUCAUUCCAUGCCCAAUUGAAUUGUUCUUCGAACCCGAUCACUUUGUUAUUCCUGGUGGCAUCUCAUUACUUCUGUUCAUCAUAAUCUUCACGAUUUUUUUAUUUUGCAAUAUUUUAUUUUACGCGAUCAGAAUCUCUUACUUUCUCAACUAUGAGCUUCAAUUCUUGACGAUGUCGCUGAAAACGCAAAAAAUGCAAAAAUCGAGCUUUAUUGCAAUUCUACUUCAUACGAUUUUCAUUUCUAUUCUGCUAGGAGUACCUGCCACGUAUGUUGUGGUUGUAUUAAUCAUGCAAUCAUAUUAUAAUCAAGCCCUCAACAACCUCGCUGUUCUAUUCGUCUCAUUGCAUGGUCCAUUUUCCACGGUGUUCAUGAUUUUUGCCAAUCGGCCAUAUAGGGAAUAUACGAUGCGAAUUUGGAACACAGGAAAAAUGACCUUGGGCCCAAAAUCCGAUUUGAAUCAAGAUUAUUCGAAGCACACCACUCAUGUAUUUCAAAUUGUUAUAUAA